AUGGCUAAAGCACCAACUCCGCGCUGUAUCAUUGUUCGUCACGGACAGACCGAAUGGUCCAAGUCUGGUCAAUACACAGGACUUACAGACUUGCCAUUGACAGAGUACGGUGUGGGCCAAAUGAAGAGAACCGGUGAAUCUAUCUUCCGCAACAAGUUCAUUGAUCCUAACCAGAUCACGUACAUCUUCACUUCGCCCAGAACUAGAGCCAGACAAACCGUGGACCUGAUCUUGGAAAACGUAUCGCAAGAACAGAAAGACAAGAUCCGCGUGGUGGUCGAUGAAGACUUGAGAGAAUGGGAGUACGGUGACUACGAAGGUCUCUUGACUCAUGAGAUCGUGCAAUUGCGCAAAUCUCGCGGUUUGGACCAGGACAGAGCUUGGAACAUCUGGAGAGACGGCUGCGAAAAUGGUGAAACCACUGAGCAAUUUGGUCUCAGACUCUCGCGUGCCAUAGCCAGAAUUCAAAACCUGCACCGGAAACACCAGGCUGAAGGUAUUGCUUCAGACAUUAUGGUUUUUGCCCACGGCCACGCUUUGCGUUAUUUCGCCGGACUCUGGCUAAGAUUGGGCGAGGAGAAAGAGUGCGACGGCCAAGAACCUCAGCCACCUACCUACCAGGAUGACACGGUGCCCUACGUGCCUCUAAAGACCUACCGUCAUCUUGUCGACAAUCCCAGCUUCUUGCUAGACGCUGGAGGCAUUGGUGUCCUGUCCUACGCCCACCACAACAUCGACGAACCAGCGCUAGCCUUGGCAGGCGCUUUCGUGUGCCCACCAGAAGAGGAAUCUCAACAUGGAGCAACCGAUGAGUAA